AUGGCUGUUGACAAAUUGAUAUGGAAGAUCAUACUGGAUUUCGUUGUACUUGCUUGUGUGGCGUUUCCUCUCCUCGCGUUAUUGUUAUGGGCGGAGCCAUACCAGAGAGGCUAUUUCGAGAAUGACGAGACGCUAAGGCUGCCAUACAAGAAGCAGCAGAUAUCCGAGGGCUUGCUGGCAGGCCUCGGCUUCGCUUUCAUUAUUAUCGCGGUUGUGUUGACCGAGAUAGUCCGCGACAAGCAAGGGAGGGGCAUUGGCGAAAAGUUCGUCUCUGGCACUCUAGUGCCCGGCUGGGCGUGGGAGAGUUACGUCACCAUCGGCAUCUACACUUUCGGCGCCGCCUGCCAGCAGCUCUUCGUGAACGCCGCGAAGUACGUCAUAGGAAGAUUGAGGCCGCACUUUUUCGACGUGUGUAGACCAGUGCCGAACUCGUCCUCGCCCCUAAACGAGCUUGGCUACAUCCAGGCGUACACCUGCCUCGGAGCUGACGCCUCGCGGAUCAAGGAGAUGCGGCUCAGCUUCCCCAGCGCCCACUCCAGCUUCGCCAUGUACACGGCGGUCUUCUUCAUCAUGCACGUGCAAGCGAAGGGCAAGUGGCGCGGCUCGAAGCUUCUGCGCCACGGCGGGCAGUACGUCGCGCUUAUGGGCGCCUGGUACGUCGGGCUCUCGCGCGUGGCCGACCACAUGCACCACUGGGGCGACGUGGCCGUCGGCUUCGUGGUCGGCGCGGUCUGCGCCGUGGUCGUGUUCGUGUACGUCCUGAAGCCGAAGAAGUACGGCAUGCCGAGAUCGUGGGAGAACGCGCCGCCAGAAAUCCUACCGCAGCCAGUUUUGGCGCGA